AUGGCGGAUGUCGAGAAUGAUGUGAAGCGGGAGGACGUGAAACAACAAGAAAGAGAAGCUUUCUUGGAGGGAGAGAAUGCGCCAUCAGACAAAUGGAAUCUCGUCUAUUGGAUCGUGCUUCUCCAUGGAAUCGGAACGCUCAUGCCCUGGAAUAUGUUCAUCAACAUUGCACCCUCGUACUACGUUCAACACAAAAUGGUCGAAAUCGGAACUGGACCCAAUGGCACUAAUGUGCCGACGUGGUAUUCCGAUAACUUCAUGCACUAUCUCGGAAUCUGCUCACAGGUGCCAAAUCUCUUGCUGAACUUGAUCAACAUCUUUGUGCCGGUCAAAGGAGAGCUCACCCCGAGAAUCACCAUCUCGUUGGCUAUCGUUGGUGGUGUUGUCGCGUUCACGGAUGCCUUUGUCUACAUUGACACAAACACAUGGAUCUCCGGCUUCUUCUGGUUGACAAUGUUGUCAAUCGCCGUGCUGAACGGAGCGAACGGUGUCUAUCAGAAUUCGAUCUACGGCUUGGCUUCGGAUUUCCCCUUCAAAUACACAAAUGCUGUCAUCAUUGGAAACAAUCUUUGUGGAACAUUUGUGGCUAUCGUUUCGAUUGUGGCUGCUUAUUUGACUGACAGCAAGACCUAUCAAGCAUUCGGCUACUUCACCGUUUCUCUCAUCACCAUUGUUUGCUGCUUCUUUUCGUUCUUCAAAUUGAGAACCUUGAACUACUAUAAGUUCUUCUCGGAUCUCGGCAAUUUGAAGCGAGCCAAGGAGGACACUGGACCUCCAACAAUGGACGACUACGUGGCUACGUUCAAACAGGGCUGGCAACAAUUCAUGAACGUUUUCCUUGUCUUCUUUGUCACUCUUACAAUCUUCCCGAACAUCAUGGUCUUCAUCCGACCUUACCUCAAAGGAGGAGAAUACAACUUCCUUCUUCCAGAAUCCCAAUACAUCAACUUCUGCGUUUUUCUUCUCUUCAACGUGUUCGCCUUCUUGGGAAGUUUGACCGCCAAUCAAGUGCAGUUCCCAAAACCAGAGGGUUUAUGGGUGGCUACGUGGGCUCGUGUCCUUCUCAUCCCAUUCUUCAUGCUCUGCAACUUCCGCCCUGAGACCCGCACUUGGGGAGUCUGGUUUGAAUCCUAUUACUUGUACAUCGUUGGAGCCAUCUUGAUGUCGUUCACCUCUGGAUAUCUCUCCUCAUUGGGCAUGAUGUACGCUCCACGAGUUGUCGAGAAGUCAAAGGGAAGAAUUGCUGGAAUGAUGGCCGCUUUCUUCUUGAUUCUUGGUAUCGUUUCCGGCUUGUUCUUCACGAUUUUCAUCGCAAAACUCGUCGACAAC